CAAGAUAAAAAAUGGCGGAUUCUGCGCUCCCAUGUGCGCUCGUAAGUUUUUAUUGGCAGCAUUGCUAUUAGUAGUCUAAGUAUAUUUUGUAUGUUUGUGGAGUUAUAUUGGUGAUUUGUCAAUUUGAUUCGUUCAUAUACCUUAUUCAUGAUCAUUCGUAAUUAUUAAUUACAGUAAUUAUAUCACUUGUUAUGUAUCGAUCAAUUCGAAACUUCACCAUCCCCCCCCCCCGGGCCGACCCCGGGAAUUUGAACUUUUUGAAAUUUGGCUGAUCAAAUUCUCCACCCCCUGUGCAAAAAAUGUCUUCAAAUGCCCCACUGUAACAAGAAAUUAAGCGUUCAAAUGCCCCACCUUCAUAUGAAAAUUAUGGCAGUAAAUACAAAAAGUACAACAUAUACGGAAAUGUUUUUCGCAAGAUAGCGAAAUUCACGUAAAAAGUUUGGAUACCUUGUGGAAAUUUAACAGUUUUACACAAUUAUGUAGUACAUACCUUCAAAUGAAGCACGUAGAUUUUCCAUGCCCGUUUCUUUGAGCCAGUUUUUCACAAAAUUGAGGCCGUUUCCCUCGAAAUCUGAGAAAACUGUAUUUGCCGCCAAUGCGAAGUAUUUUCUGUGCAUGCAGGAAGCAUGCGAAAACGGGCAAAAUUUUAAGACUUCCGGUUCAAAUUCCCCACCCCGUUAUCAAAUGCCCCACCACGUUAUCAAAUGCCCCACCACAUGGAAGACGUAGAACGUCAAAUUCCCUACUCCCUGGAGAAGACUUGAAGUCAAAUUCCCGGGGUAUGCCCGGGGGGGGAUGGUGAAGUUUCGAAUUGAUCGAUACAUUAUCUAAAGACGUGACAGACGUCACUGGUGUCAGUCCGUCACUCCAAGCCCUCGAUGUUUCCCGACUCUCAGCAGUAUGGCUCCAGCUGGACCAGCAGUGUCUAGUGUACUACAAAAGAACAGUACAACUACUUCUAUUAGUGUAGUCAUUGUAGUAUAAAUAAAUGAGGUUGAAUGGCUGGUUGACAAAGGCUAUAGAAUAUAGAAUACCCUCGCCAGUCGCCACGAUUUCGGAGUUUAUAUGUGGUCAUGCAUUGCCAACGUGGCUGCAUUAAAUGUACCAGGGAAUUCCAACUGGGAUCAACCCUCCCUCGGGCGAACCCCUAGGAAUUUGACUUCAAAUUCGCCACUGUGGGGGCGAAAACCAUCAUCAAAUUCCCCAGGGUGUGGGCAUGUAUCUGGCCAUUAUAUAUUUUAAAUAUGUGUACUGGAAAGAACAUUAUACCAUUAAUCAUCACAAAUUAAUUCUAACAUGGACAAAGGUGAAAGUUUUUAUUAGAGGAGCCAUUAAAUUUAUGAAUUAUGUCAUGUUUUGUUGUUGCUUUUUUUGCAGUCUUGUUUUGUUUUUGAGACAAAUUCAGUAAAACAGGAAGCAACAACAUUGCAAUUCAAUCAUGACAUAGGACUGCCUGCAGGCUACAUUAUCCAACAAAAACAAAGCUUACUAUUUCUGCACCUGUAGUACAGAUGUGAGAUGUCUCCAAACUAUUAAAGUAUAUAUCAUGCACUGAAUUUCUCAAACUGAUUGUGUAUAUAUCUGUGUUUCACAUCAAAUGCAGGGCUAAAUCAGUAGUGGUGGGGUAUUCUAUAAACAUCCCCAUUCAAGUUCAGUAUAAGAACUUAAAUUUUAACUUUUAUACAGAGCAGUGUAUGUAUAUAGUUUUACUAAAUGUAAGAUACCCUGUCCUUUACAAAUAUGAUUUUGGGAAUGAUGUAGGCAGCCUUGGCCAUAACACUAGGUACCCAGGGUUUUUUUCAUGAUUUUCUCUUGGGUCCAUUUUUGCAGAGAAGAUAGAGUUUAGCUGAACAGCUGGAGUGGCUGCACCUGUGGCUGCACCCCCCCCCCCCCCUACCGGAGGGCUGACACAUGUACUCAAUAAAUGUAGUUGAGACGGAAUGUGUUAAAGCAGGGGCACUAAGGGACACUAUAAACUGGUUAAAGAUGGUGAAUGCAUAGUUUUUCUUCUGUUGUGAGAUGAAUUCCAGCCAAUUUUUUUUAAUUGUUGGGUUUCCAACUGAAAACUAAUUUGCGCACGUCACAAACUUAACACAAACAACUUCAUUUUUACUGCACUAAAACUUUGGUGAGAACUGAGAAGAUUGAGUUUCAAAACUCAAUUCAAGAUUGAGUUUUUGGGGCUGUUUAAUGGCCCUAAAAAAUCUCUGAAAAAAACCCUGGUACUGUAGGAAGCAAUUUUGUAUUGGAGGGGGGGUGGGAGGGGGUGAUUAGUCAGGGGCAAUCAUUAGGUCAUUAUUUCCCACUCAAACUUUACAGAUUAUCGCUAGUUUACAAAUUAUUGGGGGGUGGCCCCAGCCCCUCCCCCUUGUCUAUGGCCCUGCAUGAAUGUAAAGCUUAUUUAGCCUGGUGAUUGCCUCAGCUGCAUUUUGUAGCACAUUGACAGUACUUAACAUGUUGAAUAUUCACUGUUUACUUUCUUAAUAUAUAAAUGUUGAAUGGCCUAAAUUCUUCUGUCUUUAAUACAUCUAUCAAUAUUGAUCUGCAUGUUAUCUUUGUUGUACGCAUGUUUUUUGUUUCGUUGUUACAAACUAUUAGAAAUUAUCUUGUAUUUGUUCUGUUGUAUUAAAUUAAAUUAAACUAAAGUCUCCUUGUUAAGAAUCGAAACGUUCUGUUUAUUAUUAAUAUAGGAUAUAGCAGAUAUUGAAUUCCCAAGUCAGGUUUUUGAUCUAAGUUUUCAUCCAAAUCGAAAUGUUAUCGCCUCUGGUCAAAUAAAUGGUGAAGUUCACGUGUAAGACGCGUUUAUUGUACAGUCAAACCUGUAUUACACGACCAUCCUUGACGAAUGAUGUGUUUCUGGCUGCUUAUUGUCAAUAUAAGAAUACGUUUUGGGCGUAGUCAAGUAACAAUUUUAUUUAAAGUACAGCCUAGACGGCUAGACCUAUUUUACUUCAGCGUUUCCAGCGCUUUUUCACAUAGGAAAACUGGAGACUAGUCAACAAAAAUCCUGCCGAGAUUUUGCUAUCAAUCCACUAUAAUGCCAAUGACAUCAACUGAAGGCGAAAAAACAGAAACAAUGCAAUAACAAUUUUUAAGAUGCAUAUUUUUUCGUGUCAAGAUUAUCAAGCGAGACAUUUCAUUCAAAAGCACCUGUAAAUUCAGUGCAGCUGUUUAAAACAGGCUAUAACUUAAAUUGUACAUGUCCAAUGGGACUACGCGUGAGGUGGAAGUUUAAGACAGGUAGUGUUUAAUAUUAGGUUCGACUGUACCUAAUGAUAAUCUAUAUAAUAGAACUUUUCUUGCAACAGUGCAUGCAUGUCCAACUAAGUCGGGAAAAUGUCUUAGGAGUAAAAAUCAAAGAACCAAGCAAAAAUCAUAUAAAAUUUUGAUUGGAUUUCCACGACAGUCACAAUAGACCUUUUCCUUUAUGAGUGAAAUUUUGAUCUAUAGACGAGUCUAGAGACAGCUUGAAAGAGCAUCACAAAAUUAGUAAUAUUCCGAAGUUUCGUUGCAAAAUGUUGUAAAAUGAGGAUAAUAUAGCCUUGCGAAGUUUGCCGUUUUUCAGUUAUUUUGUAUAAUUACAAAUGGAAAUUGAUAAUCAGUUUGAUCAUCUGAUUAUCAAUUUCCCAUUUGUAAUGCAAAAUGACUGAAAAACGGCAAACUUCGCAAGGCUAUGUUAUCCGCAUUUUACAACAUUUCGCAACGAAACUUCGGAAUAUUACUAAAUUUGUGAUGCUCUUUCAAGCUGUGAUGAAAUUUUUGUCCAGACUUGUAUAGAUCAAAAUUUCACCCAAAAAGGGAAAGGUCUAUUUGAUUAUUAAGAAGACACGACCAGAACGUCCUGCGGAACCUUGACUUAAGGUACGUUUACACGCUGCGAUUUGUCUUGUACGAUUCGUACUCUGACGUAUGUAAUCGAAAAAGCCAGUCACGUAAAGUGGUUGCAUUUCAAGUUUUGCCAUAAACUGAAUGUGGCGGAAUUGUGACGUCAAUAGUAAUUUUCAUACGCCAGAAUACGAAUCGUACACAACAAAUCGCAGAGUGUAAAACGUAACUUUAAAUUUUUAUUUUCCCUUUUGUAUUCAUUAGGCAUAAGUUUGGUAAAGAAGGAAAUACACUUUUAAUGGAAUUAAACCACCAUAAGAAAGCUUGUCGUGCAGUCCAAUUUUCUGCAGAUGGCUUGUGUAAGUUUCUCCAAAUUUGUUUGAAUGCGUUUAGUUGUUUAAAGGCACAGUUCAGCCUUUUGAUUGAAAAAACUUACUGGGAAAAUCAAUUAUCUGACAAUUAAGCAUAAUUCAAGAUCAGCUAAAAUUAUGAGUUUACUGAUCUUGAAUUAUGCAUAAUUGAUUUUCCUAGUUAGUUUUUUCAAUAGGCAAUUCGUUGCCGGUUAUGCUGAAAAAGUUCAAUAAAAACUGCCGAAAUAACCGAAAUAUUUGAAUAGUUACAAGUAUAAGCUAUCACUCCGUGUUUACACGGCCACCAUUUUUAUUUUUUCAGCAUGACCAGCAACACGAUAACUUACUUCCCGUCAUCCCCUGCACGCAUAAACUAAAAGCUGGAAUUGCCUAUUAAAAGGGCUGAAAUGCGCCUUAAAAACCAUCAUUCAAAAGGCUGAACUGUUUUCUCAAACCUGUCAACUAUUAUAACUAGACUUGAUGACAGCCUCCAAAGAUAAGUCCAUCCAGGCUGUUGAUAUGAACACUGGAAGUGUUUGUCGUACGAUCAGGAAAGCUCAUGAGUAAGUGGAGCUGCAUGCGUGUAUUUUAGAUUUAAAUAAGUUAAAUGGGGUAUUGGAUAGUUAUUAAGAUGCAAAAUGUAUGUAAAACUCAAUGUACAAGGUGGGGGUGUUAAUUCUUCCUUUGCAUUUUAGUGUUGAAUUGCGAUGAGCAUGGGCCAUGGCUCAAAGGUGACCGAGGUGUGCAUUUAUGUCUCGCUGUUUAUGAUUUAGGGUCAGCGGUUAGGGUAAGGAUGAUUAUUUCGAUUAUUAGGGUCAUUCAGCAUAUCUGUGACAGCGACACAUGAAUCUAUAACGGUCAACAAGUGAAAGUUACCGCUGACAUCAUUUAAUGAUACGACCCAGGUCUGAUCACAAAGCACAGUUAAGGUGGAUGGAAAACUGAAGUCCCCGGACCGGCGACAGGAGAGAACUAAGCACAACUACUUACAUGGGUUUUCAAACACAUCAAAUCAGAGCAGGGUAUAAUUAUCCGUCAAGUAACAAUACCCAACCACUACCCUCAACUUUCAGUAGCAUGCUUAUAACCUAGCAGCGGUGAGGCACAGCGCACCAACUGUAUUAUCACGGAUUAAAUGUCCUCCUGGAAAACAAACGAAUCUGAAGUGUUCAUGCUUGUUUAUCACAAUGGAAAUUUGUAUGAAGUUGGGUAUGCAAUAAUUUUGCUUUUGAAUGUAAAUUUAUUGGAAUUAUUGUUCGCACUUGAUCUGACGUAGUAGCUAAUGCUUAUUUACGAAAUUGAAUUACCUGUACGAUAAAUUGGUGUUGGUUUCUUGUCUGCGCUUGUCGAAAUAUAUCUUAAUUCAUUAUCUUUCAACGGCCCGUUCUUUAAAGGAUUUGAUGUAGCGGCAGGCAGUAGUGACUGUAUCGUAACUAAGUGUUGUCUAUCUCCCACUGUAUCUAUAUAUAUAUAAGACCGCUAUAGACUAUAGUCUUGUACCAGCCAAAUUCGAUUGAGUUGCUGUGACUACGUAUCCACCGAUUCCACCCGUAAAUAUACGAUUACUGAAGACAUUAAUUAAACACGUUUUCUUGUAGAUCUCCUAUUAACUGUUUAAAGAUUCUGAAUCAAAAUUUAAUAGCGACUGGUGAUGACGACGGUGGAAUUAAGGUAAUUUGACAAUAAUUAUAUUCUGCAGUUGGAAAUGCCACGCAGAACAAUGUGUUAUUGAAGAACGUAAAAGGCAACAAAGUUAAGUUCGUUUAACAAAGAAGACAAAUGAAUACUGCCUUACUGAGCAUUCUAGAAACUGAAAGGAUGCAUUGUAUGUUGCAGAAUGUUUCCACGAAUGUUUCCCUGUCUGCCCACCUUUAUAGUACCUUUGCUGGCGGAAACAAUUAGAUUUAUUUCCUCGGUAGCGAAACAGCUUUUCAAGAAAAUUCAGAAGCAUACAUUGUGUGCAUGGACUCUCCCAAUUGUGAUUUUGUUUGAAGAAACAAUGUUUCCUGGUUUGCCCACUUUUGGGAAACAUGGCUAGGAAACGAUGUUUCUUCAUUUCGACUACACUUUACACUACGAAAACUAAUGCCCAAUUCGACCUGUGGAAAUAACGUUAAUCUGGAUUAGUUUUCGAACUGUACACACACCUAACCUGGGUUCAACCGGGAUUAGUUCUAAUCCUACUUUAGUAUACCCGGAUUAGGUUGAACCCUGCUCCGCAAGAGGGCAUAAAACUAUACCUGGGUUAAAGUUUACCCGGGUCAAACCUGGGUUAGUUUUCGUAGUUUCCCAAUACUGAUAAUUAAAAGUGUUAUUUUGUAAAAUGUUAUCUAUAUUAUUAUAUAUAGUACAUAUCGUGUAUAAUCACAUUCACCUGUGCGGUAAUUAAUUCUGUAAGUUUGACAGCGAAAUCAUCUCUCUAUUUGGCAGUUUUGGGAUACGAGAACUUCAAGCAGUGUUGGAGAAUCUUCAGAAAAUAAAGAUUACAUAUCAGAUAUGGAGUGUAAUAGAGACAACAGAACACUAUUGGCAGCGAGGUAACGUAAGCUGGAUACGCAGUACUGACAUGCCAUUGACCCGGUUUAUACCAGAGGCACGUGAUUCAUUUGGACGAACUCGGACAAAGAUAGUUCGUCUGACUAACAAUUUACUGUAUAAACGCAGCAACAUGUUUGAAUCUUUUCACAACACGAACUACUCUGUACUCUUAGACAGCUCGGGGACUUCGGUGGUGCAGUCAUCAAAGCAUGCACCUUUCACUUUUAAGAUCCUCGGAUCAGAUCCUCGCUGCGGACCUGUGCCCUGCUGCGGACUCAUGACACUUCCGUGAAAGGAGUCUGUCAACACUCUAACUAAAGUCCGAAGUCGUGGGUUUUCUCCGCGGUACUCCAGAUUCCUUCCAGGGUUGGUUGGGAUAAAUCCCAGAUUGAACUUUCCAUCGUAGCUGUGCUCCGUGAUCAAACAUGAGUGAUACGGUGGCAGUCAGAGAUGCCCUUUCUAAACCUUUGACUCGAUCAGGUUGAGCUGCGUUCAUCAUCAUUCAGCUCAGCUGAGGGUAAAGAUGGUUAACACACUUUUACUUUAUACGUCUUACUUUGUAGUAAGUAGACAUAUAGUAGUGAAGACGACUAGUUCCUGUGCAUAGUUCCUCUCGUAUAAAUCGGACCAUUCAACACACCAUUCAUCACACCAAAUAACCAGCUGCAUUUACUGAGUAUCUUUUAACUGUUGGAUGUGCAACGUUACAUUUUUCGUGCUUUCUUUUUCAAUAAAACAAUUCAAAUCAUAAUCAAAUUUUACGAUUGCAUGACAAGUGCUUUUGCUUUAUUUUAAUUUUUGCAGUGGGGAUGGAACUUUAUCAGUUUUUAACAUCAGAAGAAAGAGGUUUGAAGCACGUUCUGAAAAUCAGGAAAAUGAAUUGCUCUCUCUUGUUAUUAUUAAGGUGAGCAAACAUAUAUGCAUGUAGACUACAGUAUGGCUGUAUAGGGUUUCUCUUCUGAAAUUCUCUUCUGAAGGGGGUUGUAAGAAUCAAAUAACAACUCACUGAUUUAUUUCAGUAAUUUCUUAAAUUACUGCCGCAUUUCAGAUUUCAAAUCAAGCAGCAAUGAAAAUACGCAAAAUUUACACAUUUGCCUUUUUAUGAUAAACACAGACACGCAUGGAAGUGUAACUCACCCGCCAGGUCACGCAACGAAGAAAAGAAAAUAGGUUUGUGAUUGGGGUGAAGAUCAAGGAGAAGUAUAUUCGUGCACGAAACAUCGGGAUGUUACCAACGUUCAAGUGCUGUUGAUCUCUCACUUUUCUUAGACUAAGUACACUUUGUCUUAUCUUUAAUUAGUUCAUAUUACUGCGCUUGUGAUUCGAGUUUGCGGAAUGACUUUUUUUCGUCGAAGUCUUUGAAUAUUUAAACAAAAGAUUUUGCCUUCAUGCAAGCAAGUUGUCAUGUCCUGCCUGACCCACUCUUAAUUUUUACUCAGACAAAAAGUUGAUAAACUGUUAACCAAUAAACGUUUCGAUGUAUUUUUAAAAUUCUGUUCCGUAGUUUACCACGAAGUACAUACCACUUCUUCAGUUCUAACAUUUUUCUCGUAUAGAAUGGAAGUAAAGUUGUUUGUGGCACAAGUGAUGGUGUACUGCAUAUAUUUUCUUGGGAUCAUUGGUCAGAUAUUAAUGAUCGUUUUCCUGGUCAUCCAAUGUCUGUUGAUGCAUGUGUAGCUUUAACUGAGGAUAUCAUUUGUACUGGAUCAAUGGAUGGGAUUAUAAGGUAAUGCAUAUAUACUCCAGCUUUGGUAUGACUGAGGUACAUAGUCCAUAGUCAUAGAUCUAAUCGGCUAACGCAUGUGUAUACUCUUUGCUACUCAAUUCAAGUUAAUCUCAUGCCUGCCUGGUUAUGAUAAUAUAGAGAGUUUAAGAUCUACAACGCGGCCGGCUCGACGAACGCCUUCGAAACAAAGUGUGAAUAAUUUGUGGUUCCAGGGGUACUUUCAACGACUUUGUCGUUCUCAACAUAACGUUAAACUAAGCAUUAUCACGUCUUUCAACUGAACGUAAAAUCUUAAAAUAACAUUCUUACAUGGGUCUUACAUUCGCGAACACCUUAAAUGGGAAGAGAAUGUAAAAAACAUCGCCUCACCCUUGCCACGCUCAGAAAACUAAAAAAUUGUUUACCAUUCAAAAUCCGUAAGAACUUAGUACAGGCUCUUGUCUUAUCAAAACUAUACUAUAACGACGUAAUUUACCAUUCACUGCCAGAGUACUUACAGAAACGCCUACAAAGGGUACAGAAAGCAGCAGCUAGUUUCGUGCUAGGUAAAUUCGCUAGAUCAGCUGACGUAUUAUCGUUAAACUGGUUGCCUAUCAAGGAACAACGUGAAUGGAACAUUGUAAAAUUAAGUUACAAAGCGCUUCACGAUGAAAAUUGGCCAAGUUACCAAAAACUACAAUUGGUUCAACAUUCUCGAGUUCUGAGAUCAAGCAAAGGCUCUCAGCUUCAAGUCCCUUUAAUUAACACAUUACAGGACCAAUCAGCACAUCUUUUUAACCAAUUACCAGAAGAAAUUAGGAACUGCAGAGACUACAGAGUGUUCUACAAUGAGACCAAGAAUUUCUUAGUCUUGAAAGCAUGAUCAAGACUUGGAUAAUCUUAGAAAGAAAUAUUUAAAUGUAUAUAGUUUCGUACAGUUUUGUUCUAACUUAGUUAAUUCGUAAUUCCGUAAGUAAUAUUUUGUCCUGUCGAACACGUUACAUAUUCAAAGUUAUAUUGCAGUAAUAUUCGUAAAAUAGUUUAUAGACUUUAUGAAUACUUUAUAACUUAUAUAAUUUGGUAAGCGAAGAGCCACUCUGUGGAUAUAUUACCAAUAAAUCAUUAUUAUUAUUAUUAUUAUCUUAUUGCGAUCCAAUUAAGAGGCGUUACUUUUAAAAAAACAUUGCAUCGCUUCAGUAAGUCGAAGUUACAUGUACCCGUUUACUAUUUUUACGCUGUCGAGGACAACAACCAAUACUAUUAUUCCUGGUAGGCUCGGCCAACUUCGUUCCAAAAACAGACCUGUGAAGCUCGGAUAUCUGCAUUAAAUAUUCCACGGUUGUCUCAAAACCGUCGAUCAGUCGUCGUUCAUUAUGAGAUUGUUUAUAAUGUUCGCAAUAUCUAGUUUAAUUAUUUACGUUUAAAAAGUUUUAAAGUCCAUUAAUUCUGCCGGGUUUGCUAUUGAAUUGGGAAAUCACAGGAAUUCGUAAAUCAUAAAUCGCCUUUUUCGCAAAACCAAAAACGGCUCGUGGGACGCGACAACGGAGUUCCGUAAAUAUGGAUUAUAUAUUGUAUGCGAAUCCAUCAUGCUUUUCGAGCUUAGAGAUCGAGGGUUACCUAUAGGACAACCGUAACUGCAUUAGCUGUAAACGCAUAUGAUAGGUUAGUGGUUAGACUGUUAGAAUACUGUUACAUGCACUGAGUUUGGAUUCCAUCCCCAGUUGGCAUUCAAAAAUGUUUCAGUGCUAGAAGUUGUUAGUAAUAUCACGAACAUUUCGUUCUAUUUCAGAGCUGUUGGUAUUCUUCCUAAUCGUUUUCUCGGAGUGGUUGGAGAGCAUGGUGAAUUUCCCAUUGAACAAAUACAUUUGUCUCCGGACAGAAAUCUAUUGGCCAGUUGUUCUCACGAUCAAAAAAUCAAGUUUUGGGACGUAAGACAUUUUAAAGAAGCAGCAUUGAGCGAAGAAAUACCUACGAAGACGAAGCCUACGAAAUCGACAGGAACAGAAAAUUUCUUUGAAGAUUUAUAGAAUUGCUUCAUUCCAAUCGUUGUAACAUUAUCUAUUUUCUCAUCAUCGCGAGAAUUGUCAUUAAAACUCGCACCACAUGCAUAUAACCACAGAUGUAACAGUGCGUUUGUACAUAACAUAACAAUGCAAUGGUAUUAUUCGUUCGCUGGAUCAUGAAUCAGUUCGCUGUAAUGUAUUGUUAUUCCAAGAAUCCAAUAUACACUACAACAUUUAUUUUUCAUGCAACACAAUGGCGUGCACGCACACGCCAACAGAAAGGCAAUAUGUAUAGAAAUUACACGGUUCGAGAAUUAAUGACAAUCACAUGUUUGUUUGACGAAAUAUUUUUAAUACCGCGAGUGCUAUAAUAUUUCGCCAAGAAACAUAUAAUAGAAACACCCAAGAAACAUUGCAUUAAUGUACGGUACUCAAGGGAACAUAGCAGUACGCGUCUUAGGCUAUGUGCACACGGGCGUCGUUUUGCAGCGUUUUCAAAAACGUUUUUGUCCGUAAAAUCGUUUUGACGCCGUAUUCGCACUGCCCAAAGGAAAAUAUCUCGGAUAUAUUAAAUAAACUACAACUUCUGUUGUAAAUUGAUAGUGUUUGUAUCCGUUUUAGCGUGAAAACACAAAUGAAAACGCUCGAAAACGUCACCGUGUGCACAUAGUCUUAGUGAUCAAUUUUAAGCCUGGUUCACACUACCAAUUCUGUCGGCAAUUUUUCUCCUUCUGGCAAAUGUGAUCGAAUGAAUGACAUGCAAAAGACUUAGAAUUGUUUACUUCUGAAAAGCGACUCUACACUUUUGUGUGCGAGUUCACUCAUUUGCAUCCGUCAAACACAAAAUUGCUAGUGUAAACGAGGCUUAAAGACUAAUUUUCAGUAAAAACUCGAGUAAUUUUGAUUUCAUCUUAUUUCCUCCAUGCUCAUGAUUUCCUUUGUUUUUUAAUGACUUCUUAAUGAGAAUUAGAAGAUCAAUACUGAUUCUUCAUGACUAACGAGUACUAAAAAUAAUUUUUCAAUAGUUUAUUAUUUCCUGUCACAACUCAAUAAAAUACAUACAGUCAAUAUUUUAUUAUCUCCUCCAACGAAGGUUCGGAUCAAUAUUUCCUAGACUUAUGUUCACAUGUUCCUAAAUUUUUAAGUCAUCCAUUUUCUCAUCCAUUGGUUGCUUUGCUUCUGAUUUUCCUUUCUUUUUCUGUUUCUUGCCUUGUGCUUGCUCAUCAAUCGGUGCAGGAUUGACAAAUUUUAUAAACUGUAAACUUGCUGGCAUGUGACGUUUCAAUGCUUCAGGAACCUCGACUCCUUCUUCAGUCUGAUAGUUUUCCAAAAUGGCGCAUAUUGUUCUUGAGAUGGCACACAUCGUGCAGUUUAACAUGUGGCAAAAUUCAGCCUAGACAAAUACGAUGUCAACAAUAUUCACAUACGGUAAAUCCUCUAUUAAGUUUCUC